AUGACUCAUAAUAAAUAUAAUACAACAGAUAUUGAAAUAAAAAGGAAAAAUAGAAUAUCCUUAAAGAGAUCCCGAAGUGUGGUUUCCAUGAAUUCGAAUAAAUCAAACACUAUUUCAACCAGCACUUUAAGCAAGCAGUUAUCGCUUAAAAGAAAGAGACGCAAUUUAGAGUCAAUAUCCUUCAAAUAUGAUGAUGAAUCAAGUAAGAAUCUAAAUGGAAAUUUGACAAGCUUGGAGGUUCAUGAUUCCAAAGGUAACAUUGUAACGGAUAACGAGUCAAUUAAUAAAACAGAUGUAUCACAUAUUCAUUUUGGUUCCAAUUGUGAGUCAAAAUCUAGUAUGAAUGGCUCAUCUGGAUUGACCAUUGACUUGUCAAAAAAUAACUACAUUCCGUCAGCCAAACCACCCAAAACUCCUUCUACAAAGUCACCUGUACUCGAAGAUUGGGAGUCUUACAGUUUCUUACCCAGCGGGUCGUCAAAUGCGGGAUCUACUGUAACGGUGAAUUCAAUGCCACAUUCAGUAUCAGAUUCCAUAUCUAGUUUUGUUAAAAGAAUUCCCGCGGUUAUUCGGUCAGGUAAAUCUACCAACAGUAGUUCCCUACUGGACAAAAGCUAUUGUGACUUUUACGACAAAGAUCUGUGUAUUGUUGAUGAUGUUGUUCAUGCUCAUCGCAAUAAAUUGCAAGUGAAAUUGAAUCGAGUUAUUACUCAUUCGAAUAAGCGAUGGCUGAAUAUAUUUCAAAAAAGAACACAGUUAGAAAGCGAAAAAGAAUUUACUGCAUCCGGAACAUCUUCCCUAGCUCUUCCUGAAAAGGACAAACGCUUUAAAAUACCGGCAAGAAUACAUCACAGUUCUGACGUAGAAAAGAACCCAGCUGUGCAAUCGCUUAUUAAAAGUGAUUGCGAUAUUUUACCCCAGAAAAUACUAGUACCAGAUUUCAAAGAAAAAAAUCAAACUCAAUUACCUGGUUCGCCAUCUAAUUGCGGUAAACCUAAUAUUCACUACGUCAAGCGUGUUACCAAGCAGGCUAAAGCCAUUGAUUUUGUUGAAAAAUCUAAUCAAACGGCAUAUUUGGCUCACAAAGAGCAAAUAUUUUCACCCAACUCUGACUUGAAAGAUUCGGCUAAUAGUCCCAGCUACCCUGGGUAUAUCCCAGGCUUUUCUUCCUUGAGUAUAAAAGAUUUGUUGCAAGAUGCAAAUUCAAAAGACUGA